GACGGAUCGUCGCUGCGGACGGCGGAGCUCUCCCUGAGGCCGGGGAGGCGUUUCGGGGCGGAUAUGGGCUCAGAGCCCGGAGCUCCGGCGGUGUUUGGGACCAUUUGUCCCCGGAACUGUGUCCGCUGUGAGAGGGAUGGCCUAGCCGUUCUCCCAGCCGGAGAAAACUAACGUCGAAGAUGCUCGCACUGUUGACUGUACAAAGAAAACACAGCUUCUUCUUCUACUACGUAGUUUAACCGAAAACCUGACAAUGUCGGACCAAAACUACUACUGGACCGUUCUGCCGAGCUACAAAACCAGCUUUGUGACUGGAGCCAUGAUGAAAAGGUCCAAAAGCAAGAACAACAAGAAAAGAGGUCUGGUAGGGACGCCGUCACCCACGCGCUCACGCCCACUUUCACCUCUGCCCGUCACUAAAGCAGGAUGCAGUCCUUCGGAAAGCCCCAGAAAUGUGUCUGCCAACACUUCCACCAACUCACAGUCUGCCCCCCGCAGCAGAGCGGAUGGCAGGAGGUGGUCCAUUCCCUCGUCUGGAUACUGCACGAACGCACACAGCUCCUCCGUGUCGAUUUCCUCUUCCCAGGAGCUGUUACACCAGUUGCCUUUCCAACCCACUCAAGACGAUCUCCACUUCCUCUUCAAACGUUUCCGCAGCACAGAGAGCAUGCCAGAUGAGGCAGCCCUCCACGCCAUCCCUCCUCAUCGAUACCGCUCCCGCAGUCUCAGUCCCGGAAGGACCAGUGGAACACCUGACAACGAGGUCGUCAUGAUGAAUCAUGUCUACAAAGAACGCUUUCCAAAGGCCACGGCUCAGAUGGAGGGUCGUCUUCUGGACAUCAUUUCAGAGUGUUGUCCUGACACCGCUCUGCCCCUGGCCGAUGGUGUUUUAGGUUUCAUUCAGCACCAGUUGGUGGAGCUCGCUAGAGACUGCCUGGAUAAAUCCAAAAGUGGCCUGAUCACCUCCGGCUACUUUGUGGAGCUACAGGAAAAACUGGAGAAGUUGCUGCAUGAGGCAUAUGAGAGGUCAGAGAGCGAGGAGGUGACCAUCAUCAUCAAACUGGUCAAGAAGAUUCUUAUCAUCAUUUCUAGGCCUGCAAGGCUGCUGGAGUGUCUGGAGUUUGAUCCAGAGGAGUUUUACCAGCGUCUGGAAGCAGCUGAAGGCCACGCGAAGGGAGACCAAGGCAUCAAAACGGAUAUUCCCAAAUACAUCCUUAGCCAGCUUGGCCUCACCAAAGAUCCUUUGGAAGAGAUGAUAAAUCUGGAACAGACCAGUCCAAGUCAGAGAGGAACCAGAAAACCAGAAGACUUUGGGGAGGUGACACCCCUGCAGAGCAGAGCAGUCUGCACUUCUUCUCGUCGGAAACCCCUGGAAGGUGACUUUGACACAAUAAAGUUGAUUAGCAACGGCGCCUAUGGAGCAGUUUAUCUGGUACGCCACAAGGAGACCCGUCAGCGAUUUGCUAUGAAGAAAAUCAACCGUCAGAACCUGAUUCUCAGGAACCAAAUCCAGCAGGUGUUUGUUGAACGGGACAUCCUCACCUUUGCUGAGAACCCAUUUGUGGUUUCCAUGUUCUGCUCUUUUGAGACUCGCCGACACCUCUGCAUGGUCAUGGAAUAUGUGGAAGGCGGGGAUUGCGCCAGUCUGUUGAAGAACAUCGGUGCUUUGCCUGUAGAUGUGGCCAGGUUGUAUUUUGCAGAAACGGUCCUGGCUUUAGAGUACCUCCACAACUAUGGCAUCGUGCACAGAGACCUCAAACCGGACAAUUUGUUAAUCACUUCAAUGGGACACAUCAAGCUAACAGACUUUGGACUGUCAAAGAUCGGUUUAAUGAACAUGACAACUAACUUGUAUGAAGGACAUAUCGAGAAAGACACCAGGGAAUUUAUUGACAAACAGGUGUGUGGAACUCCAGAGUACAUUGCUCCAGAAGUAAUCUUGAGGCAGGGUUAUGGAAAACCAGUGGACUGGUGGGCCAUGGGUGUCAUCCUUUAUGAGUUUCUCGUAGGAUGUGUGCCGUUCUUUGGAGACACUCCAGAGCAACUCUUUGGUCAAGUUGUUAAUGAUGAGAUCAUCUGGCCAGAUGGGGAGGAUGCCCUGCCACCGGACGCCGAAGACCUGAUAUCCAGACUGCUGAGGCAGAACCCGAUGGAACGCUUAGGAACGGGUGGAGCCAACGAGGUCAAGACGCACAUCUUUUUCUUGGGUUUAGACUGGAACAGCCUCUUGAGGCAGAAAGCGGAGUUUGUACCUCAACUGGAGUCUGAAGAGGACACCAGCUACUUUGACACGCGGUCGGAGCGCUACUGCCACCUUGGCUCAGAUGACGAGGAAACAAAUGACGAUGAGUCAUCUGCAGAGUUGCGACAGUUCUCUUCUGUUGCCCAUCGCUUCAGCAAAGUUUACAGCAGCACAGAGCAUCUCUCCAGCUCCACACCAUCCAAUCCGAGCCUAUUAUUGUUGGACAGAAGCCACAGUGACGAGAAGGAUGAGCGCUGGGUGAGCAGGGGCAUCCUGUCCCCGAGUGAGGGUCUUAAAACUUCAGCCUUUGGAGACAAGAAUUCAGAUGGACAUUGGAGAUGUCUUCGGCCUCGUGCUUCAUCCAGCUCCUCUCAGUCGGACCGGAGUGGCACUCUCAGCUUUGACACCACACCUCCACUGGCUGUCUCUGGUGAAAAUUUGGAGGAAGAAAUGGUUUCCAACUUUCGCCGCAUUCGUCUCCGGAGCAACAGUACCGGCACAAGGCCAACCUUCCGAAAGGGAGCGUCUCGCCGCAUCGCCCAGCAGCUGGAGAGCCCGGAAAACCCCAGAACCCUGUCUGGGAAAAUGCCCAAGUCUGCCUCAGUUUCAGGCCUUUCACUUGUCAUCACUCCAGAUGACUCAACUUUACCUCCUUCAAGUCCCAAAUCUUCGCUGUCUUCAAACCCCUCGUCCAGAGAUUCGUCUCCCAGUCGGGACUUGUCCAUCAGCAUCAGUUGUCUCAGGCCUCCUGUAAUCAUUCACUGUUCUGGGCGGAGGCUGGGAUUUACGCUGCGAGCUAUCAGGGUCUACAUGGGUGACACCAAUGUCUACACUGUUCAUCACAUGGUCUGUAGUGUUGAAGAUGGCAGUCCCGCUCAUGAGGCUGGAGUCAGAACUGGUGACCUCAUCACUCAUGUCAAUGGGGAAUCGGUCCAGGGACUUCUACACACUGAGGUGGUGGAGCUGCUGCUCAAGAGUGGAAACAAGGUGACUCUACAAACAACAGCACUAGAGAACACUUCUAUUAAAGUGGGCCCAGCCCGAAAGGCCAGCUAUAAAGCCAAAAUGGCUCGACGCUGCAAAAAGAGCAAGAAAAAGGACGGACAAGACAGCAGGCGACGCAGCAUCUUAAAGAAACUGUCGAAGCACAGCGCGGCCCCGCCCAUGCACAGCAGCCACAGCUUCUCUUCGGGCUUUCAGCAGUCAUCAAGCGACAGCCUCUCUGGUUCCCCCACGCAGAGCCUUUCUCCAGGGCCUUCCACGCCAUCUCGCUCCCCUGCUCCGGACCACUCUGGAGAUUCCAGUUCUUCUCCAUGCUCCAGCUCCCCUAACUCUCCAGUACCACAAACUCGCCCAAGCUCACUUCAUGUUCUGGGACGCUACACCAAAGCUGGACGUUGCAAGUCGACCAGCAGCAUCCCUCCUUCCCCCCUCGCCUGUGUCCCUGUGCUACAGCCGCCGUCUCCACAGUGCUCCGCAUCCUCCCUCCCGAGUCAUCCCAAAUCCCUCCAAGGCUUCCAUGGCAAAACGUCGUCCCCUCCCACUAUUGCCCGACAUUCCGUACGCCCCCACAGCCUUGAGCCACCGCGCUCGCCACUAAUCAAGAGAGUUCAGUCAGCAGAGAAGCUGAUGGGAGAAAAGAAGGGUGGUUACCAUGGAGACAAGAAGCCCUAUAUCUCUCGCCGCUAUACGUUGGAGAUGCCUCUGUCUGAAGGUGAAGGACUGGAGGAGGAAGAUGGGGGCUGCACGGCAGGGUUUUUGGGUGUCAGUGAACACAAUCAGAAGGGUUUGGGUGUCAGGGGGCAGAGGGACCAGCAGGAUGGAGCCAGCGGAGGCAGUGAGCCGUACUGCUCCACGCCACCACAACCACGAAGAGGAGGCAACCAUCACUCCAACCAGGUGGUGGUGAUGAGGAAGCUGGCCCGGUCAGAGCGCAGGGAUUCCUUCCAGAAACAAGAGGCUGUGCAGGAAGUAAACGCUGACGAGUAUGAGGAAGGAGAGGCGUCCCAGAGCCCAAAUCCUCCUUCGUCUCAGACGAGUGGACCCAAGGUUGGACAGAUGGACUUCAUGACGACAGGAUGCAGUGUGGGUCAGAGAGCUAAAGAAAUGCACUCACACCAGCAAGCAGGGUCCAAAAAAUGAGACAAAGCCCCUUUAAGGUGCUAACAGAUACAAGAAAACGUCCAGCUUAGCAGGACCAGAAGAAAACCCGUCGUCUUCUUUUGCUCUUAUAUCACUGUGAUGCCUGGACCGGACAUACUUUAGACAUCUUUUCGUUUUCACAGAGUCGCAUUUAGGAUUUAGAUUUUUUUUUUUUAAUCUGUGAUACGGUGGACACAAAAAGCCAAGUUUGCUGUGAGGAUGUCAUUUUUUAACCGUGUGUGCGUCUUAGAGCCUCACAGCUUAGCCUUGUACCAAGUGCACAUAGAAUUUCAUGUUGGGUUCUUUGCUGCAUUCCUUUCAUUUUCAGAUCAUUUUUCAGGACUAAAAAUGUUUCAGUGCAGUUUAAAGCAUAGCUGUGUUGCCAAAGUGGGCUCCAUUGGAACCGUUGAUACAUAAACGGCUGCAUGGCCACUUCCAAAACUCAGCUGCUCUCCAUGCAGAUGUGAAAAUAAAGUGAUCUUUGCUCUACUGAUGCCAAGAGUCCUCAUGCUGUUUGUCAAACACUAGAAACUGUUCAUGCUUGAUAGGAGUGAGCUUCCGGGAGAAAUACACUCAGGGAUGGAUUUAGAAACGUCUUUAAGUUCAGAAAAUGCUUUGCUGCUCCCCUCAUCCCAGAAGAAACUCAUCCUGGCUGAAGUCAACUUGUGAAGAGAAGCAGCCACUCCACCAAAGGCCCUGGUGAAGCAUCUGUAAAACCCAGGAAAAUGUUGGAGUUGUUCACCCCCAGAAGGAACAGACCAGUCGAGAACAGCCUUGAUCAUUGACUGUAUAUGAACCCAAACUGAGUGGCUCCGCCUCCCUGGUGUUUCAAACAGGAAGUACCUGCUGGUUCCAAGAAUCCAAAAUCCCACAGACGACGCCUAUAGAGAAAUAAACAGCUGUAAUCAUUGUAUUUGUCAGAAGAACCAUUCUGGAUCUGAUACAUUUAUCAUCAUCUUAAUAAUCCUCAUGCAUGUGGUGCCUGCUGGCCCCCACCUCGAACGUUUGAUUGACAGAUUCUCUUGAGCCGCUUUCAGUGGAAGGGGUGUGGAUUUCAAACAAGCUCACUCAAAGGUGACAGCAGUUACCAUAGUAACCUUGGCUCAGACCAAUCACCAAGGACAUGCGGUCAGGGGAGGGGCCUCACCUGCCAUCAUAAAAUAAAUGUUGUCUAAUCUGUGCUAUAAAUACAAUUUACGUGUAUGAUUCUAAUCAUUUCUAUCUUCAAAAUUGCAGUAUUUUGCGUAUUUCCUGUUGAAAUACAGCGCAGGCCGCAAGGAGGAGCAGCACCAAGCUGUGCCUCACGGCCGAUUGUGCAGUCCCACGCAAACUGGGUGGAACUCAGCGAAUGCUAAAAAUGUUAUGCUUUAUUAAAUGUAAGUUGUUCACAAUUUUA